GUGUGCUGUUCCUGCACCACCAAAUGGUGUGUUGCAGCAGAUAGACUAAUCCGGUGGAUUAUCGUGGUGCCACAGAUUACUCGUGGAGGCUCCAGUCUCGCGUUCAUCUAGGAUUUCAUGUGGCACUCAGUCGGCUGUUGUCCAGCAUGUGACGUCAUUGGCUGCCGAUUAGCUAGCCAGGAUGGCAUCGAGGCAAGGUGAAGGUCGCCCAUACACCAACGUCAGUUUCCAGAAGAAGUUGGACGAGUUUGAGAACUUCAUUAAAGGCAUCACAGAACAGACCGGCCUGACGUCAUUGGAGGAGAAAAGGCAAUGGAUUGUGGAAAACCUCCAGUUCGACAAGUUCUGCGAGAAGAUCCUGACAUUGUUUGGCCGGGAUGUCCAGAAGAAAGACCUCAAGUCCAUCUAUCGCAAGAUCUCGACCAACCCCUCAGCCAGGGUGGACUGGAGUGAGCUGUUCGGGUUCGACACCUCAGCCAGCCAGGGGGAGGCGACUGUCGGUGAAGAGGUGGAAGUCUUUCUCAUCUCAGGGAGACGGAAGGUCGGCGAGGCGUCAGGCGACAGAGCCAGGCGUGACGUCAUACAGGGUGUCAAGUUCUGCCCCCCGCUUGACGCCUACAUCUGUUGUUCACAGAAAGGUUCCAUAUCUGUCUGGUCAUCUAAGCUGAAGCUUCAAACUUGCAUUGAUAUCCAUGAAUCCGCGUGGUCAACUGGCUGCGACUACCUGCCUGGUCUCAGACGGGUCGUGUGUUGCACGGAGCGUAGCAUCGCUCUCUGGGACAAUCGGGCCAAUGGCACCGCACAGUGCCUGAUGACCAUCAAGCCAAUCGAAGACUCGCCCCAGUGUGUGUCCGCCAUCCCCGCACCCCCCGGGCUGGCAGGGGACUGUGUGCUGUUCGGGGACGACCAGGGUUACGUCAACCUGCUCACCGUGCACGUGCAAGACCUGGCCGUCAAACAUUCCAAGAGAGACACCAGACCCACAGCGGAGGGUCAAGGUCAUAUCAUUGACCCCGAUAAGUUAACACAGCCAAUCAUCAGGAGGAAACUUCACUCAAGUGCUGUCAUCCAGGUAAAAUAUUUCCCCAAGCUGAAAUGUUUUGCUUCCUGCAGCCAAAGCAGUCGGAGUUCUUUUCUCCUGGAGAAGGUGGACCGAAUCUUCUUCAGUAAAGACGAGCCCAAGGUUGCUUCCAUCAGGAAUGGGGUCAACUGUUUCGACUACUGUGCACGUGCAAACAUCAUCGCCACAGGUGGCAUCGACAAAAUCCUGCGACUCUGGCAUCCACACAUCUACUCCAGGCCGUCAGGUCGCCUGAUUGGUCACUUGUUUACAAUUGUGGACAUCGCCAUCAAUGAAACUGACCAGCACAUCAUCAGCCUGUCAACAGCACGUGUGUUUCGUGUGUGGGACAUUCACACACUGACAUGUUUACAGGUGUUUACGGACAACGAAGACCGGCCAGGUGACAGACGGAUCUACGCCAUGGCAUAUGACAACAAACACGAGAGGCUACUGACAGGGUCCUGUGUACUCGACUGCUGGCCACUGGCCCGCACGGUCAAGGAGAUUGGGCCAGUUCCAGUGUCACACGACAAGCCUGUGGUUCAGAUGCUGUUCAACCAAGCAUUCCACCAGGUUGUUUCUGUUUGCACACAGCCUGUCAUCAAGGUCUGGGAUGCCGAGACUGGUCAGAUCGUCUACUCCAUCCCAGAGGCUCACGGUCCAAAUGUUGACGUCACGGCUCUAGCGCUAGACCGGAGCGGCUACAAGCUAGUCACGGGUGCCAGCGAUGGCUCCAUCAAAGUCUGGAACUUCGGUGCGGGUCAGAUGAUCAAGUCCAUGGCCAGCCCUCUCUCCAGCUUCCAUCCUGACCGCGGGGUCAAUGCCCUUGUCUGCAUUAGGUCAAGGUCAGAUAACCUCAUCCUGGUGCACACGGUCAACAAAAAGUUGGUCAUUUACCUGGAUGCCCGGGACAGCAGCAGACUGGUCCAGCUGAUGGAACUGACGGGCCGGUGGAGACUGGCAAAAAGUUCUAGAACUGCCGUGUCCACGGACAGCCAGGUGGCAGCCAACCGUAGCGGCAAACACCUGACCCUCAGGCGAUCAUUCCACCGCACCGACCCCCUGCCCAGCAUUGGGGGCGCUAAGCGUCCAGAUGACCUUGAGGUGACCUGCAUGACGUGUAUCAGUCCAACAGAGGUCGCCACUGGAACUGUCAGUGGUGCCAUCAUCAUCUGGUCGACACACAAAAUGGCGGCUGUUAAAAUCUUCACCCCACCAACAGAUGACGUCACUGACGAGACCGUUGCUGCCAAGAAGAAAGUGACGCAGGUCAUUGCCCUGUCCUACAGCCUGGCACAGGUGUCAAAACAAAGAAAUCCAAAGGACAAGAAGAAUUCCACAGGCGAUGACGUCACAGAUGGGAGUCAGCAGCAGCUGGAACCUGAGGCUGUUCCGGGGGUAGAGGGAGACGACGGCAGCAGGUUGUUGGUUGCUGGGGACAACCAAGAUGGCGGUGAUGUCCUUGACCUACCUGUGGAUUCAUCAAUCAGUAUCCAGGUGGACGCUCCAGAGGAUGACGUCAUGAAUACCGCGCCUGCGCAAUCGGAGUUCACAUCAGCAGACGAGCCAAAGGAAGCUGGGCCAGCAGACGACGAUUCACUGGGCGAGCCAGCGGAGUGUGAGCAGAACGUCAUCCUUGUGUCUGCACAUCAAGACUCGGUCGUCAGAUUCUGGGAUCUUAACGGCGCCAUCUUGAGAGAGAUUUCACCGGCCACUCCAAAACCUGGGUUACCUGUGACGUCAAUCUGCUGCCAGGUCAAGGCCGGCCUUCUGGUGGCAGGGGACACAAAAGGUUACAUUAGUGUUUGGAAAAUCCGGAAAUUUUUGGCGGAGCCCCACAAAAAAGAUGAGAACCACAUCAAGCAAAUCGUCUUCUGGAGAGCACACGGCAGUAAAAUAGUGUCCGUUGCCAUGGAUACGUCAACACAGCUCGUGUACUCGGCAUCAUCAGAUACCUCCAUCAGAGUUUGGUCUGUUGUAAGCGGGAAUUUCAUUGGCUACUUUGGUCAGAGUAAAGCUGUCAAUCACUCGUCCAUUGAAGAAAUAGACAGCUCGGCCUCACUGCCUGUUGACAUAGUGGAGAGACCAGUUACGCAGAUGAGGAAGGAAGUGACGUCAGAACCAGUUAAAUCAAGCCCGAAGUUUGAGUACCCGCUUAUCUUCGUGCAAGAAAAGUGGCAACCCUUCAGAAGAUCUGCCAACCAGCGAAGCCAGGCAGACGACAGCAAGAAAUUUUUCUCAGCCCUCAUGAAACCUCGGGCUUACAACACUCACCUGGACAGCUCCAGAUCUGCUGACAUGUCCUCUGGUGCCGUCUUCAGGGCUCUGCCUGUCUACAGGGUCGUGACACCAAAAAAGCUACUUCCCCUAUCACGUGAUCACAUGAAAAAAUCUUUUGUGGGAACCAGCAUGCCAUGAAAUGCCUCCCCGUGUUUUGGGAUCCUCACAGUUCCAACCACCUUUCUGCCAGCCACCCCCCCCCCUAUCCAACUUAAAGAAUUCCCACUUCACCCCACAUACCAGCUGUUAACAUUAUCCAUAAUUAGACCUAGCCAUGAAAAUCCUAACCGCUCCCCUCCCUUAUAAAAUCUGAAGAACUACACGCACAAGGCACCAACCAAACCCAGAGACGCUAUCAAUGUAUGACGUCAGUCUACUCAUGACAGAAAUAAAAAAA